AUGUCCCAAAAUCAGGCUUUGUAAAUAGGUGCUAUUGGUAUUGAUUUCGGUUCCUCAAGAUCCGUCAUUGCUGUUGCUAAAAGAGGUGGUGUCGAUGUUAUCGCCAAUGAAGCCUCCUUGAGAGAAACUAGAAAUAUCGUAGGCUACGGACCCGCUUAACGUUUUACUGGUGAAGCUGCUAACGCUCAAGCAAAAAGCAAUUUCAAGAACACUGUCUCUUUCUUCAAUAGACUAUUAGGUAUACCUGCUAACUACCCCAACCUUAAAAAUGAAACCAAGUGGAUUUCUUCAAAAGUAAGCACUAAUGAAGAAGGAAAAUUAGUUCAUGACGUCUAAUAUAAGGGAUAAAAUGUUAAGCUUUUACCUGAAUAGGUUACUGCUGCUAUGUUGGGUGAUAUUCGUAAAAUUAUUACUUUAAACAAUUUACCCAAUCACGAAGCUGUUAUCUCUGUUCCAUCAUACUACACUGAAUAAGAAAGAAAGGCUUUGAGAGAUGCUUGCCGUAUUGCCGGUUUGAAUCCUCUCAGAUUAUUCAACGAAAGUUCUGCCAUCUGUCUUUCUUAUGGUCUCUUUAGAAAGGCUGAAUUGGAUGCUACUACCCCUAGACAUGUUGCUUUUGUUGAUUUGGGUCACUCUAAAUUCUCUGCUUUCGUUGGUGCUUUCACCAAGGAAAAGCUUUCCAUUGUCUCACAAGUACACGAAAGAAACUUGGGUGCUAGAGACAUGGAUUGGUUAGUCUUUUAGAAAUACUGCAAAAAGUUUGAAUAAUAACACGGUUUAUCAGUCAGUGAAUCUAAGAAGGCUUAGCUCCGUUUACUCGAUGCUAUCGAAAAGUAACGUAAGAUCCUCUCUGCUAACAGUGAAGCUGAUUGCAACUGUGAAUACUUAGUUGAAGAUUGCGAUUUAAAUGAAAAUCUUACUAGAACUGAAUUCGAAUCUGUUAUCUAGCCUGUCCUAGCUCGUAUUAAGGAAUCCAUUAAUACUAUUAUCGAAGAUUUGAAAUCUAAAAAAAUCGAACUACACAGUGUUGAAAUCAUCGGAGGUGCAGUCAGAAUUCCUGCAGUCCAAGCUAUCAUCUAAGAAGCUUUCAAUGUCCCCACUCUUUAUAAAACUCUUAACCAAUCUGAAUGUAUUUCUAGAGGUUGUGCUAUGAUGAGCGCUAUGGUUUCUCCUUAAUUCAAGGUUGCCCAAUACAAUUUAGAAGAAGCUAACUAUUAUUCCAUUAAGAUGAGCUGGGAUUUCUUCAACAGAAACGAAAAAGGUGAAAAGAUGGAAUAAGAAGGUAAAACCAAUGUCAUCUUUGAUAAAGGAUGCACAGUUCCUAAUGUCAAAUCAAUCACUUUUAAUAAAAACGAUGGUAUCAAUAUCAGUCUUUUCUAUGCCCAACCUCCUGAAGGAUUUGAUGCUCAAUUAGCCAACUUUGUUGUUGCUCCUUGCAAACCAAAAGAAACCGAAUUUGGAGUUAAGAUUAAGGUCAAGCUUGAUAAGGAUGGUCUUGUUAAUCUUGAAGAAGCUCAACUUGUUGAAGAUUACACUGUUGAAGAAAAAAUUCCAGUUAAGAAGGAUAAGCCUGCUGCCACUGCUCCUGCCCCAGCUGCUAACGGAGAACAACCUGCCCAAUAAGCUCCUGUCUAAGAGCCUCCUAUUGAAUACGAAAUAAAGCAAAAGAAAAAAACCAGACACACUGAUUUAUCUCUUGAAUUCGUUAGCUUAUACUAUCAACAAACUAAGGAAUAAUUGGAAAACUUAACAAAUGUCUAAGCAGCUCAUCUUUAAAGCGAUAACUUAAUUAUUAAUACUUUAAAUAAGAAGAAUGAUUUAGAAUCUUUCAUCUACAAGUGGAGAGGUUUGAUUACUGGUUCUCAUUAGGCUUAUGUUACUCCUGAACUCUCUAACAAGUUAAAUGAAAACCUUAACUAAGCUGAAACUUGGCUCUAUGAUUAAGGUGCUGACUCCACUCUCUAGGAAUAUUCUAACCGUUUAGAUGCUCUCCAAUAAUUGACUGUUGCCAUUGAUAGACGUUUCAAUCAAUACACUCACCUCCCUGAAGCUAUCAACAACUUAAAGAAUGCUAUUAUAACUGCUGAAAACUUCUAUAUUUCAAAUGAUGAAUAAUAUGCCCAUAUUUCCAAGGAAGAUAAGAAACCUCUCUCUGAUGAAAUCGAUAGAUUAAGAAUCUGGUUGAACAAUGCUGAUAAUGUCUAAAAAACUAUCCCCUUGACAUCUGAUCCCGUUGUUACAGUCGAAGAAAUUACCAAUAACAUCAACAGUUUGUCUAAUGUAAUUUUUUUAAAUUAAUUUUUAGACUUUAUUUUAAAAUUUGUUUAUUUGAAAAGAUUUACAAGCAAGUUGCUUCCAAGCCUAAACCUGAACCUAAGAAAGAAGAAAAACCAGCUGCUGAUACUAAGAUGUAAACUGAAGGUGAUAAUAACACAAACAAUUAAUAAAAUAAUAACAAUGGUAAUGCUAACAAUAUGGACAUUGAAUAGUGAGAAAUAAGUAAUUGAUAGAUAAGCUACUACCUAAGUAAACGAUUAGCUUAAAACCAUAACAAAUCUGAAUAAACAUAAAAGCUAAAAAAUAAUCUAUAAAUAAAUAUUUAUUAUUAUUAUAUGA